CUCUCCUCUCCUCUCCUCUCCUCUCCUCUCCUCUCCUCUCCUCUCCUCUCCUCUCCCUCUCCCUCUCCCUCUCCCUCUCCCUCUCCCUCUCCUCUCCCUCUCCCUCUCCCUCUCCUAAGAUUUCCCUUUCUGGCACGAAUUUUCAUUAAUUGACAAAACGUCCCCAGCCUUCAGCAGACCACUUAAUUAAGAGCAAAUUGCUAGAAAACAGCAGUAUCUUUGGGCAUGAGAUAACGUCUUUUCCAGCUGGCUCCCUGCUUGGAAUUCCAUUCUAGAGUGAGAUCUGGAGAAUGCUAAUUUUGAGAAAAUAAAGCAUUUUUAUUUCUUGAGAUUAAACGUUUUGGUUAUGUCAAUGAAACAAUUUCUGUACCAGCAACAGCUGAAAUGAAAGCAAUUGUCAAUAAAUACAUUUUCUUUGCUGACAGUCAUUUCAUUGCUUAAUGCUCCUUAGUAUUUCACAAAGAUUUCAGAGCACUUUUCAGUAUUUCAGUAUUUUAGAAGCACAGAAUACAUAAUCGUACAAGCAGUCAUUGCUUUCUUAGAUGCACUUGUUUCAGCAUGCCACAUAUCACUGCCACAAGCUCUUAACUGUAUACAGUUCUGUUUCCCUUAAAAGUCAUACAUUUUCUCUGACUCUUCUAAAUUUUUCUGCUUUGCUUCAAACAAACGUUUUACUAUUGCACACUCAAGCAGAGGCAAAAGGCAUAAUUACAAGCACAUGUAUGUAAAAGUAAGCAAGUUAAGCAAGUGUAUAAACUGGAAUUCAGAAACCCUAGAAACAAUCCUUGGCACUGCAAUUAGCAGCUGGCUGAUUAGAAUAGUUUGCCACAGGGUUUAGUGCUGAAAAUAUCAUCUACUGUGAUUCCUGACUCAGCUGAUUCUAGGAGCUGGUGCUUUGCUGUGAACUAGUACUCAGUUUUUUGCAUGAAUAGGACAGGAUCAUAGUCAAACAUAUUGGCAGGUCAUCCAUUCUGCUGCAGCCAGUGAGGUGCCCUGGUGCCCUGGUGUGAACACUGCAGCAAUCAGGCUGGAUGUGGCUCUGGGCAGCCUGGCCUGGUGGCUGGCGACCCGGCGCAUAGCAAAGGGUUGAAGUAGAUGAGCACUGUGGUCCUUUUGAACCCAGGGCAUUCUAUGAUUCUAUGAACCUCUUACUGUUGAUAUUCAUUAUAGUUUUCUGCCUCAUGUUCAGGGUAGAUGGUUUGCUGAAUUCUCCUUCUCUUCCCAGGAUCAGAGAAUUACCAAGAAAUUUCUAUGCAGAAUGAUUUUAGAGGUCUGGGUUUGCAACUACAAGCAGGUGAAAGCAAAAUACAUACCUCCAGCUUGUGGCUCUCUUUUGGAGCCACAGAGUUUGAAUCACGAAUGGUUUAUAUCAUUCUAACUGAAAAACAUAACUUUUUAUAGACUAGCCUUCCCUCUCAGGUCUCUUCUCUAGCCCCACUGUAGCCCAGCUUCAAUUUGCCAUUAUUUUCAGAGACAUUAGAAAAAAGUAAUAGCUGUGUCUGAAAAGGUAUUCUGCAUCAAAUGCAUUUUUCCUGUUACUUUCUUUCAUGAGAGUUCAGCCUCUCAUCCAAAGCCUAUGGAAGGGACACAGUGACUUCAGGCUGUAUGGUCUCUGUUAGGAUUACAGAUGUGCAUUGCUCUGCUGAGGCUGUAAAUCACGCUCCCCCUGGCGUUAAUGCUGUCAGUCCCUCUGUGCAUAUAUUGCUGAACUUCUGCAAAGAUGUCAAGGAAGCAGAAAUGGACCAUAAGGGAGAAGCUGUUGUGUUCUUGAGACUGUGUGGUCCGAAGCUUCUGCUUCAGAAGAUAAGUAGCCCUUUAUUCUGUUUCAAUUGUGUUUAGAGUAGGCAGUGCAGUUGUUCUAAGGACUACAGACAAGUCAAACAAGCAACCAGUAAUUUUAAACUAUUUGUUUCUCUCUUUUUAGCUUUUAGUUAAGAAAAAGAGAAAGCUUCAGUUUCAACUUGGGACAGCAAAUAUGUUUUCUCUUUAUUUUUCCUCUUCACUGGUUAUAUCCAUUUUCUUGUGGUUUGGGACAGUGGCAGCACAAGCACUGAAAAUGCACUGCUACAUGUGGGAGACUAGCAGUUUUAUUUCUGCAGGAUUCAAAAUCCACAUGUAUGGAGGUCGGGUGAGAACCGUGCGUAGGCUGCCCUUCUUUUGGUGGUGUCUCUAGCCUGCCAAGCACAACCCAGGGAAAGAAUUUCCAAUGGAGAGUUCAAAAGGGAAUUUUUUGGAUGCUUCUAAACAGGGAAUAAUGUUCUUAUACAUAGUAUAAGAAUGCUAAAUAGCACAAGUAGCAUGUUUUUAUACUACAGAUAAUCUUGAAAUAGACUUUUGAAUUUGGUAUGAGCGUAAGACCUCAUCUUUUGUUUCAAGAACCUCCCUGAGGUAAAUACAGUGAGAACUGAGAUUAAUUGUAGUACUGAGAAAUAAUCCUUUCAUGGAUGAUGCUAUCAUAGGCAAUGAUAAGCUGAUAGUUGUAGAAACUAUGCUUAAUAUUACAGACCUAUAAAUGUACUGCGUGCAUCUAUGUUAUACAUAGAGAGAAUAGAACAGAAUCAUAGACUCGCAGAAUCACCAAGGUUGGAAAAGACCUCCAAGAUCAUCGAGUCCAACCAUCCACCUACCACCAAUACUGCCCACCAAAACCAUGUCCCUUUGUACCACACCAAUGCAUUUCUUGAACAUCUCCAGGGAUGGUGACUCUACCACCUCCCUGGGCAGCCCAUUCCAGCAUCUGAGCACUCUUUCAGAAGAUAAGCACCCCCAUUUUUUCCUAUUUUUUACCUAUUUUUUAAAAUAUUUUUUUCCUGAUAUCCAAUCUGAACCCCCCCCACCCCCCGAACACACACAAAUAGUGUGCCUGUAUAGCUCUUUUUGCAUUAUGAAGUUCAUGUGUAGUUUGCUGUCUAAGAAGUCCCUAACUCAUUUCCAGAAUGUGUUCUGAACUUCACACUGCAGAUUUGAUGCAUGGUGAUUUCUGUAACUUUUGGUUUGCUAUUUUAGCCAUUCCACUGAACAGAAGUAUUUAAUAAGUGAUCUACAACUUCAUCUACUUUUCAGUACAAACAUUGGAAUAGAGCCAUCAUGAAAAACAGAGCAGUAAUUGAGCUUGUUUUUAGUUAUUUGUAAGGCUCUCCAGACUGUUGGAGUAAAACCAAUUAUUAUGUUAAUAUCUUACAUGAGUCUUUAUAAUCACCCUGUACAUAUAAAUAAAGCGCAAUUUAUAAAUGCAGUGGCUGUAAGCAAAUUUAUGUGAGAAGGAUUCAUUGUUGAAAAGAUCAGGCAGGGAUGCAAUUCAGCCUUCCAAUUCAAAUAUUAGAUUUAAGACACAAACUAAAACUCACCAUUAGUGUCUGAUGUGGAUGUGGCAGAGCAACAGCGUCCAGCAGCUGGUUGGUUUAAUUUCAUUCAAGGCCAGGUCUUUGUCUCAGCAGAUUUUGUCAGAUCCUUCCACUGACGUCCGAAAUACGAAGGAUUCCUCACUGUGAUUUCUGGGAUAUUUCUUGCUGCUGUUGGGACUUCGUAGGAAAAGCUGCCAAAACUGUGUGGUUAUCUUCAUGCAUCUGGGAAUAAGACUUGUGGAGAUGAAGGUGAAUAUUUCUGGUUUGAUGAGAUAUCAUCAUCUGGGCAGCGUAAAUAGGCCAUUCCACAUCUACAAACCUCAAGGUUUCUGGGAAGGAGAAGAGGCUCAGCCAGAGAUCAAGUUUCUGUGCUGCACCCGACACAAAGCAAAUUCACAUUCAGCCUUGAGGACCCCUCUGCUUCAGGACUGGCCAGCAGUGACCAGAAGAACCUGCUGAAAUGCAUGUGUGUCUCAGAGCUGAGAGCGGAGCUGUCUGUGUCCUGCCAGCCAACAGAUCCAUCAGCCAACCUAACAGGCCAAGAAGCACUUCUCCAGUCUCUCACCUCUCUCCCUGUGUUGCCACAGGCUCCAGCACCUCACCACGGCACAGAACGAUGGAGCACGAGGACUUCACCAGCUUGGCUGGGUACUGGAAUUCCUCUGACAGUUACCAGUUCAGCCCUGCUAGUGUCAUUGUCCCUGUGGUCUUCUCCCUCAUCUUCCUCCUGGGCACAGUUGGCAACAGCCUGGUGCUGGCAGUGCUGCUGCGCAAUAGGCAAAUGGGCCACAACACUACCAACCUCUUCAUCCUCAACCUCAGCCUGGCUGACUUCUUCUUCAUUGUCUUCUGCGUGCCUUUCCAGGCCACCAUCUACUCCCUUGAGGGCUGGGUCUUCGGCUCCUUCAUCUGCAAGGCUGUCCACUUUUUCAUCUACCUCACCAUGUACGCCAGCAGCUUCACACUGGCUGCCGUCUCUGUGGACAGGUACCUGGCCAUCCGCUAUCCGCUGCGCUCCCGGGAGCUGCGAACCCCCUACAACGCGGUGGCUGCCAUGGCUGUGAUCUGGGGUCUCUCUGUGAUCUUUGCUGGGCCCUACCUGAGCUACUAUGACCUGAUUGAGUGGGAGUCCAGCUACAUCUGCAUGCCUGGCUGGGAGGAGUGGAGACGCAAGGUCAUGGACACCAGCACGUUUGCCUUUGGCUAUGUCAUCCCAGUUCUGGUCAUCAGCCUCUCCUACACCAGGACCAUCAAGUACCUGUGGACAGCAGUGGAACCCUUGGAGGACAUGUCAGAGUCCAAGAAGGCCAAGCGGAAGGUAACUAAAAUGAUCAUCAUCGUAACCAUCCUUUUUUGCCUGUGCUGGCUACCCUACCACGUAGUCAUCCUCCGAUACCUCUAUGGAGAUUUCCCUUUCAACCAGGCCACCUAUGCCUUCCGUCUGCUUUCCCACUGCAUGGCCUAUGCCAACUCCUGCCUCAACCCCAUCGUCUAUGCCCUGGUAUCCAAGCAUUUCCGUAAGGGCUUCAAAAAAGUCUUCAGCUGUCUCCUGAGGAAAAAGCACCGCAACAAGGUGCAUGUGUUACACGCUACUCACAUUGUGCCUGGCUUUGAGGCAGGCUCCACUGAAGUGUCCCAGGUGCAUGAAGAAAAUAACAGGUGUGAGCUGAACCCAGACUCCCUGGCAGUUCCCUCUGGUUCUUCCAAGCAUCUUCACCUUUCUUAGUAGCUCCACACCAUCUACCAGCCCAGCUGUGCCAUCUGCCUCAGGUCACUCUCUCCCAUUGAAUGAGACAGGAUGCUAGGAAAGGCAAGACAGAAACCUUGCUAUAUCCCGCUUCUAGCCUUGCUGUUCCUCUUCCUUCUGGGUACCAAUUGUCCUCCUAAGCCACCUCCCCACAUCUUGUGUACAAGGGAAGGAAUGGACCCACACUUGCUCCUGAUCCACAGCCCACCUGCAGUUCAAGGACUAAUGCUUCAGCUCUUCUGUUGACUCUCAUCCUUCUAAGUCCUCUGCUUAGCAGCCCCACUACAUUGGACACAUUUGUUUGCUGCCAGAUGGUCCCUUCUUGCUUCCUGUUGUCUGAUCUGGACAAAGUGUUUCUUAUGGAGUGGCAAGGGAGACAGGCAGCGUGAGCAGGGCCAGGUGAACAAAGGAGGGACAGAGAGCAACCAGCAUUGCCUGUGGAUGGUUACAGUGGUGGCUUCUGUACUGGCUGCACUGCUCUCCUGGUGGCCAAGUCCUUUCCUGUGGUGUGGGCUGUGGGUUGUCUGUAUGUGUGCGAUGUUGCUGCUGUAAAUACUAGGGAGAUGUUUUUCUGACCCAGAGUAAAUAAAUGUACUUCCCUAAUCCAGGCAAUAGAGGGGCUUCUGAUGGUGAUCUGGGAUUGAAAUGGACUACCUACACUUCACUGUGGCCUUUUUCUUAACUGGUAUAAAUCAGUGCACUACAAAAAUUACUAUCCAGCAAUUUCUACUGAGCCAAACCCUGCCUCGCAUCCCCACUCCCACACCACAGCCGUGCUUACUGACAUGAUCACUGAGCCUCUCCGUUCAUCCUCAGACCAGGCCCAGGCAGGAGGAGGUUCAGAGGAAGAGUUUCUGGAUGGGGUUGGUCCAGGGUUUGCCAAGAGGUCACCAUCAUCACCUUGCUGCAUCAACAUAUGGUCCUAUGGUCACAUGCUCUCCCUCACCUCAAGCCAUCAAACUCCUGCCUAGGAAACCACACAUGCAAAGAGUCACUGCCCAGAGAUGUACAGGCUUUCCCUUACAUCUGCACAUCUCUUCAUCUCAUCACACUCUUCACAUCUCUUCAUGCACAUCUCUUCAUGUCAGAUCAAUCACUCCGCAACACAGAUGUUAUUUUUCUCAGAAGAUAACUGAGCUCCAUCAGCCACAGCUCAGAAUCUACAACAUAUAAAAGCAGCUUUGCCCAUCCAUCGCUCUCUGGCUGCCCUGUGGGCAGUCAAGCAGCCAGUGCUCAGAGUGAGCUGGGUAGUUCAGUUAUGGUUUGUCCCGCCUGCAUAGCUGAGUCUUUGCAAAAGGGAUGCUCUCUCUCCACAGUGCAGCAGAUGGUUGUCUUCAAGGCAUGCUGAGUGCCAAACAUGCAAUCCUGUAGCUUCAGGGACGAAAACUCUCAUCUCCUUUUCUGAGGCUGAUUAGAUGUUAGUAGAUGCCUUCCUGCUGUUACUAAAUUACUGGAGAUGGAGAAAGCCUCUCCAGCCGACUGAGUUUGAUCUGAAAAACAGGUCUGAGAAAACCUGCAAACACAACAGACCCCACACCAGAGACUUGCACCCAAGACUGAGGAUAAUUUACCAUUACCUCCUUGCUGUGUUCAGUGCAGUCCAGCCAACUCUCCCCAUUAACUCAGAGGCUCUCUUGCCUUUUCAACAAGUGAUUGCAGUCCUAUAGAGCUGGACAAACACAGGAGCAAUGUAUACUUUCCUUCCAGUUCUAAGACUGGAUCCCGUAUGGAGCAAAACAUAACUGGACCUCCAAACCAGCUUGAUGCAUUCUCAGUCCCACUGGCAAAGCCCUGCUACUUGUCCAGCACUGCUACCAGUUCCACUGCAGGUCAUCUUGAAAACCCCAGGUAUGGCCCCUCACCACACGUGCACAGCAUGCAGAACCCAGUGCAGAGGUAAUGGUUCCUGUCCCAAAGACUCUACACUCCAACCAGAGCUGGGCAGCAAGAAUUCAA